GCCAUGGAGGGCCUGGCGGGCUACGUGUACAAGGCGGCGAGCGAGGGCCGCGUGCUGACGCUGGCCGCGCUGCUGCUGAACCGCUCCGAGAGCGACAUCAAGUACCUGCUGGGCUACGUGAGCCAGCACGGCGGGCAGCGCUCCACGCCGCUCAUCAUYGCGGCGCGCAACGGCCACGCCAAGGUGGUGCGCCUGCUCCUGGAGCACUACCGCGUGCACACGCAGCAGACCGGCACCGUGCGCUUCGACGGCUUUGUCAUUGAUGGAGCCACAGCGCUGUGGUGCGCCGCGGGAGCCGGCCACUUUGAAGUUGUCAAGCUGCUCGUUAGCCACGGGGCCAACGUGAAUCACACGACGGUGACCAACUCCACCCCGCUGCGGGCCGCGUGCUUCGAUGGCAGGCUGGACAUCGUCAAGUACCUGGUGGAGAACAACGCCAACAUCAGCAUCGCCAACAAGUACGACAACACGUGCCUCAUGAUCGCCGCCUACAAGGGCCACACGGACGUGGUGCGGUACCUGCUGGAGCAGCGCGCCGACCCCAAUGCCAAGGCGCACUGCGGGGCCACGGCGCUGCACUUCGCCGCCGAGGCCGGCCACCUGGACAUCGUGAGGGAGCUGGUGAGGUGGAAGGCGGCGAUGAUGGUCAACGGGCACGGCAUGACGCCGCUCAAAGUGGCCGCCGAGAGCUGCAAGGCCGACGUGGUGGAGCUGCUGCUCGCCCACGCCGACUGCGACCGGAGAAGCAGGAUCGAGGCCCUGGAGCUUCUGGGUGCCUCGUUUGCAAACGACCGGGAGAAUUAUGACAUUAUGAAGACUUAUCACUAUUUAUAUUUAGCCAUGCUGGAGAGGUACCGAGACAGCGAGAAUAUAAUUGAGAAAGAAGUUCUUCCACAAAUUGAAGCUUAUGGAAACAGAACUGAAUGCAGAACUCCUCAGGAAUUAGAGUCUAUCCGGCAGGACAGGGAUGCCCUCCACAUGGAAGGCCUCAUCGUGCGGGAAAGGAUUCUGGGCUCGGACAAUAUCGACGUUUCUCACCCCAUAAUUUACCGCGGGGCUGUUUAUGCAGAUAACAUGGAGUUUGAGCAGUGCAUCAAGCUGUGGCUCCAUGCGCUGCAUUUGAGGCAGAAGGGCAACAGGAACACCCACAAGGACCUCCUGAGGUUCGCUCAGGUCUUCUCUCAGAUGAUACACUUAAACGAGCCCGUGAAGGCCAGGGACAUCGAGAGCGUGCUGCGGUGCAGCGUCCUGGAGAUAGAGCAAGGCAUGUCCAGGAUCAAAACCACGCAGGACGCCGACAUCCACACAGCCAUGGACAACUACGAAUGCAAUAUUUUCACCUUCCUCUACCUGGUCUGCAUCUCCACCAAGACCCAGUGCAGCGAAGAGGAUCAGUCGCGGAUCAACAAGCAGAUUUACAACCUGAUCCACCUGGACCCCCGCACGCGGGACGGCGCCAGCCUGCUGCACCAYGCCGUCAACUCGAGCACGCCCGUGGACGACUUCCACACCAACGACGUCUGCAGCUUCCCCAACGCGCUCGUCACCAAGCUCCUGCUGGACUGCGGGGCCGACGUCAACGCCGUGGACAACGAGGGCAACAGCCCGCUGCACAUCAUCGUGCAGUACCACCGGCCCAUCAGCGACUUCCUCACGCUGCAUUCCAUCAUCAUCAGCCUGGUGGAGGCCGGGGCGCACACGGACAUGACGAACAAGCAUAAGAAGACGCCUCUKGAUAAGAGCACCACGGGGGUGUCCGAAAUACUCCUGAAAACUCAAAUGAAGCUGAGUCUCAAGUGCCUGGCUGCCCGAGCGGUGCGGAUCUACAACAUCAGCUACCAAAACCAGAUCCCCAGGACUCUGGAAGAAUUUGUGAAGUUUCACUAGGAUGCGUGAAAUCCUUCAUGGUGGUGCUAUUCCCUGGAGACGGCCGCCGCAGAAUACAUGUGUGUACAGAGAUCGUUUUGCUCCAGUCUUUGUUUGGUUCCUUUGCAUCUGGUCUUCAGCCUCGGGUCUUAGGCAGGUCUUGGCGGGGGGGAGGGAAAAGCCACGUAAUUAUCCUGUAAUCAAAUCUGAUG